AUGGCAACAGUCAGGAUUCAAGAAGGACUGGUCCGUGGUGCCGUCGACGUCAGCUGCUAUGGCGUUAAUUUCUUGGCCUUCAAAGGGAUUCCGUACGCGGAACCUCCUGUGGGGUUCAGAAGAUUCCAGGACUCGGUGCCAGUCGGGCCUUGGAAUGGAAUUCUGGAAGCAAGUGGUCACGCCGGAAAGUGUGGCCAAAUAAACUGGUUCACCAGAAAAAUCGAGGGUGGAGACGACUGCCUGUACCUGAACGUUUACACCCGGGGCUUGGCUGCAAAGAAGCCCGUGAUGGUGGUCAUCCACGGUGGGAACUUUUCCUUCGGCUCAGGAGAUGACAACAUACAGGGUCCUGAUUUCUUGGUGGAGGAUCUGGUCCUGGUGACGAUCAACUACCGCGUGGGGAUCCUAGGGUUCCUGAAUCUUGAAGACGAAGCAGCGCCGGGGAACCAAGGGCUCAAGGACCAGGUCCUGGCUCUCAAGUGGGUGAAACGGAACAUCUCCAGCUUUGGUGGAGAUCCGGACAAUGUCACGAUCCUCGGGUACAGCGCAGGUAGUGCUGCAGUUCACUACCUGGCGCUUUCACCCCUGGCAGAGGGGCUAUUCCACAAGGCGAUCCUUCAAAGUGGGGUUGCAAGCACCCCCUGGGCCAGUGUUCCCGCCGAAAGCAUGAAGGAAUCUGCGGUGAAGGUUGCUAAUCUCCUGGGACACCAGUCCAAGGACUUGGUCCAGGUGCUGGAGUUCCUGAAAACGGUUCAGGUGAAAGAUCUCUUGAAAGCGGCGGGGUCUCUUUUCACCUGGAAAGUCAGCGUCAACACCUUCGGCCCUUCCGUGGACUCCCGGGCCAAGACUCCGUUCCUGACGAUUCCUGUUGAUGAAGCUGUCAAGCAGGGGAUCAAAGUUCCCUGCAUCCUGGGAGCAACCAGUCACGAAGCGAUCAUGCAGCUGUCUGUUCUGACUGAGGACAAUUUGGCGUUGAUGAAUCAACACCAGCACCUGCUGUACCAUCCAGCAACCAGGCGCUUCCUGGAGCAGCAGAAUAUCUCAUUGGAUGUCGUCCGGAACUUCUUCAUGAACGGCAAGGACGUCUCCAGGAAGAACAUUGAGAAUGUCAUCGACCUGAUGAGCUUCCUGCAUUUCUUAGGAAAUAUUCACCAUAUCUUGGAGGUCCAACAGCAGACUGGUGUUCCAAGCUACUUCUUCAAGUUCAGCUACUUCUCGGAGGACUCAGCGAUGGUGCAAAAGAUUAUGCGGACGGACUUGAAAGGAGUCGCCCAUUGCGAGGAGGUUGGCUACCUGUUCAACAUGAAUGCAUUCAAGAAGAUUGGGAUCUGCCCGCCCAAGAAGGGGACAGUCGAAUGGGAUGUUCAUCGGAGAUUCGUGGAAUUUUGGACUGCUUUCGCUAGAACUGGAAAUCCUAACCCUACAACCUCGAACGUGAUAAACCAACCCUGGCUACCCGUCGAUGGCCACAAAAAUGGGUUCACCUGCCUUCAGAUGUCUUCCACCCUCAACAGCACCCUAGAACCAAACUUGCUGACUCAAUUUCGGAGCAUGUCACCCUCGAAAGAAUUUAAAUAA